AGUAGCGCGAGCGCCUUAACUGGGAAAAAAGUGUAGUCGACAGAGAAGGACACGGAGAAGCACACACACACACACACACACACACAUACACACACAUACACACACGCAUGCAGCCACACAUCUAGUCGUACAGCGGGACACAGGCCCUUAUGUGGACACGAGAAGUGGACCUCGGUACAACUUAAUUAAGGAGUAAAUAGCCGAACAUGGAGCGGGAGUUAUGGGUUUAAAGCGCAGAAGACUUGAAAUGGGCGGUCUGCUGGCGGUGUUGCUGCUGAGGAGUUGCCUGCUGUCGGUGGUUCACGGCUCGCCUCUCCUCCUCUUUGCCAACCGGCGUGACGUACGAUUGGUAGAUGCGGAGGGUGUGCGGGGUGAGUCGGCCAUUGUUGUUAGUGACCUCGAGGAUGCAGCAGCGGUGGACUUCCUGUACGCAGAGGGCCUUAUAUUUUGGACAGAUGUCAGUGAGGAGGCCAUCAAACAGACCCACUGGAAUCAGUCAUCCAACUCCCUUAAAGAGGCACUGGGAACCGGCCAGACUGUGGUAGUAUCAGGACUGGACAGUCCUGAUGGACUGGCCUGUGACUGGCUGGGUAGGAAGCUAUACUGGACAGACUCAGAGACCAAUCGGAUUGAAGUGGCCAACCUAGAUGGCACAUCUAGGAAGGUCCUGUUUUGGAUGGACUUGGACCAGCCCAGGGCUGUUGCUCUCAACCCUGCUCAACGGUACAUGUACUGGACGGACUGGGGGGAGGAGCCCAGGAUAGAGCGUGCUGGCAUGGAUGGCAGCAACAGGAAGGUGAUAGUGAAUGCAGACAUUUACUGGCCCAAUGGUCUGACCAUAGACCUGGUGGAACAGAAGCUGUACUGGGCAGAUGCUAAACUCAGCUUCAUUCACAAAGCUAACCUGGAUGGAUCAGCACGUGAAACAGUGGUGGAGGGCACCCUCACCCAUCCCUUCGCCCUGACGCUGUCUGAGGAGACCUUGUACUGGACUGACUGGCAGACCCGCUCCAUCCACGCCUGCAACAAACACAGUGGAGACAAAGCCAGAGAAAUCCUCAGCGGGAUUUACUCUCCCAUGGAUAUCCAGGUCCUGGAGCCCUACCGACAGCCUUACAUCCAGACUCCCUGUAGUGACAAUAAUGGAGGCUGCAGUCAUCUCUGCCUCCUCUCUCCAGUCCAGCCUUUCUACAGCUGUGCCUGCCCCACUGGUGUCCAGCUCAAACCAGAUGGAAAGACAUGCAAGCCAGGAGCGGAGCAGGUUCUGUUGCUGGCCCGACGGACUGAUCUGCGCAGAAUCUCCCUGGACCUGCCAGACUUCACCGACAUCGUCCUGCAGGUCGAUGACAUUCGCCAUGCCAUUGCCAUAGACUAUGACCCGGUCGAGGGUUAUGUCUAUUGGACGGAUGAUGAGGUUCGGGCCAUCCGGCGCUCCCACAUCGAUGGCAGCAAUGCCAUGAUACUGGUUACCACGGAGAUCAACCACCCUGACGGCAUUGCUGUGGACUGGGUGGCCAGAAACCUGUACUGGACUGACACUGGCACUGACCGGAUUGAGGUCACCAGGCUGAACGGAACCUCUCGGAAGAUUCUGAUUUCUGAGAACCUGGAUGAACCCAGAGCCAUUGUCCUCGACCCUGUUAACGGCUACAUGUACUGGACUGACUGGGGUGAGCAUCCUAAGAUUGAGCGGGCCAACCUGGAUGGAACGGACCGGGUGGUGCUACUCAACAGCUCUCUGGGCUGGCCCAACGGACUGGCAAUAGAUUAUGCAGCAGGAAAACUCUACUGGGGAGACGCUAAGACGGACAAGAUAGAGGUGAUCAACGUGGACGGCAGUAACAGACAGACUCUGCUGGAGGACAAGCUGCCUCAUAUUUUCGGCUUCACUUUGCUGGGUGAUUACAUCUACUGGACUGACUGGCAAAGACGCAGCAUCGAGAGGGUCCACAAAGCCACGGCUGUACGGGAGAUCAUCAUUGACCAGCUGCCAGAUUUAAUGGGGCUGAAGGCCACAAAAGUGACAGAGACGAACGGUACCAACGGCUGUGCGCUGGAGAACGGCGGAUGCAGCCAUCUGUGUUUCUGGCGCCGGCAGGCUGUCAGCUGUGCCUGUCCCAUGGGGAUGGAGCUGCUCUCAGACCUGCAGACCUGCGUGGUGCCAGAGGCCUUCCUGCUCUUCACCAACAGGGACAACAUCAGGAGCAUCUCUCUGGGCACCAACAGCAACGACGUGGCCAUCCCUCUGACAGGAGUGAAAGAGGCUUCAGCUCUGGACUUUGAUGUCUCUGAGAGGAGAAUCUAUUGGACAGAUAUCCAGGCCAAGACAAUCAGCAGAGCGUAUAUGAACGGCAGCUCAGUUGAACAUGUCAUAGAGUUCGGACUGGACUACCCAGAAGGUAUGGCGGUCGACUGGAUGGGUCGUAACAUCUAUUGGGCCGAUACAGGUACUAACCGCAUUGAGGUGGCCCGGCUGGAUGGCCAGUACCGGCAGGUCCUGGUCUGCAAGGAUCUCGACAACCCACGCUCGCUGGACAACCCACGCUCGCUAGCACUGGAUCCAGCUAAUGGCUACAUGUACUGGACAGAGUGGGGGGGUCGUCCUCGUAUAGCCAGAGCUUACAUGGAUGGCAGCACCAUCAUGACCCUGGUGGACAAAGUGGGCCGGGCCAACGGACUGACCAUUGACUACGUAGACCAUCGCCUCUACUGGACUGACCUGGACACAUGCAUGAUCGAAAGCACCAACAUGCAAGGCCUUCAGAGGGAGCUCAUCGUGGACGACCUCCCUCACCCCUUCGGUCUGACUCAGUACAGAGACUUUAUCUACUGGACAGACUUUAACCUGCGCAGCAUUGAGCGAGCAGACAAACGCAGUGGACUCAACCGCACAGUGGUGCUGCAGGGCCAGCUGGAGCUGAUGCUGGACAUCUUGGUGUUCCACUCCUCCCGUCAGGACGGUACAAAUGAAUGCUCCCACAAUAAUGGCAACUGCGCCCACCUCUGCCUGGCCACGCCUGCCGGAGCCCAGUGCCGCUGCGCCUCUCACUACACCUUGAACCCUGAUGGACGAAACUGUAGCUCUCCCUCCAGCUUCCUGCUCUUCAGUCAAAAGGCCAGUAUCAGCAGGAUGGUUUUGGGGGAGCAGAGUCCUGACAUCAUCCUGCCCAUCCACGUCCUGAGGAACGUCCGAGCUGUCAGCUACGACCCCCUGGACCGGCUGGUCUACUGGCUGGACGGACGUCAGAACAUACGCAGGGCCAGAGACGACGGAGCCAUGUCCAUGAUAGUGAGCAGUACUGUUCAGCCAGUGGACAACCAGCUUCAUGACCUGAGCCUGGACCCCUACAGCCGCCACAUUUACUGGACCUGUGAGACCACCAACACCAUCAACGUCCAAAGGAUGGACGGACACACCGUGGGCGUGGUCCUGAAGGACGACACUGAUAAGCCCAGAGCCAUCGUGGUCAACGCUGAGAAAGGGUACAUGUAUUUCACCACGGUGCAGGAGCGCUCAGCCAAGAUCGAAGGAGCCAGUCUGGACGGGACAGAGAGAGAGUCUCUGUUCACCACAGGUCUGAUCAGACCAGUUGCUCUGGCUCUGGACAAUAAACUGGGAAAACUGUUCUGGGUUGAUGCCGACCUCAAACGCAUCGAGAGCAGUGACCUGACAGGCGCCAAUCGCAUUGUCCUCCAGGAUUCCAACAUCCUCCAGCCAAUGGGGCUGACAGUCCUGGGAGAUCACCUGUACUGGAUCGACCGGCAGCAGCAGAUGAUAGAGAGGGUGGACAAACUGACCGGAGACGGACGCACACGCAUUCAGGGUCGGAUAUCAUACCUGACCUCCAUCCAUGCUGUGGAGGAGAUGGACCCACAGGAGUUCGCAUCCCACCCUUGUUCCCGUGACAACGGCGGCUGUUCCCAUAUCUGCAUUGCUAAGGGUGACGGUACACCUCGCUGCUCCUGUCCCAUGCACCUGGUGUUACUGCAGGACCUGCUGCGCUGUGGAGAGCCUCCCACCUGCUCCACAGAGCAGUUCACCUGCUCCACGGGGGAGAUCGACUGUAUUCCGAUGGCGUGGCGCUGUGACGGCUUCUCUGAGUGUGAAGACGGCAGCGACGAGGAGAACUGCCCCGUGUGCUCGGCCUUCCAGUUCCAGUGUGAUAAAGGAGGCUGCAUUGAUGCUCAAAGGCGCUGCAAUGGUGAACCCGACUGUGCUGAUAAUUCUGACGAGCAGGACUGUGAGACGAUCUGUCCUCCGAACCAGUUCCGCUGUGGUGACAACCAGUGCAUCACUAAGAAACAACAGUGUGACAACUACUCUGACUGUCCUGACGGAUCAGACGAGCUCGCCUGUGAGUAUGUGUCUCCUCCUUCCAGUGGGAUCCCCAACACUGGGCCCAACACCAUCGGUCCAGUCAUCGCCAUCAUCCUGCUGGUCUUUGUGAUUGGAGGAGCCUAUUUUGUCUGCCAGCGCGUAGUGUGUCGACGCUACAAGGGCCCUAGUGGGACUUUUCCUCAUGAGUACAUCAGCGGUACGCCACAUGUGCCCCUCAACUUCAUCGCCCCCAGCAGCUCCCAGCACGGCACCUUCCAAGGUAUUUCCUGUGGGAAGUCCAUCAUGAGUUCAGUCAGCCUGAUGGGCAGCAGCAGCAGUGGAGCUCCUCUGUACGACAGGAACCAUGUGACCGGAGCCUCAUCCAGCAGCUCCUCAUCUACCAAGGGAGCAUUCUACCCUCAGAUCCUGAACCCUCCUCCGUCCCCAGCCACUGACCGCUCUCUCUACAACACAGAGAUCUUCUACUCCUCCAACAGUCCAUCCACCACCAGAUCCUACAGACCCUACCACCCUGUCCGUGGUGCUGCCCCACCCACCACACCCUGCAGCACCGACGUCUGCGACAGCGACUACACCCCCCACCACCUGCCGGCCGGGCUGGCGUCGUCAGCGGGCCGCUGGAAGGCCACGGGCCACGGUAGCCACGGCAAACACAACAAGUAUUAUAUGGACCUGAACUCAGACUCGGACCCCUACCCUCCACCCCCGACUCCCCGCUCCCAGUACCUGUCAGCUGAGGAGAGCUGCCCCCCGUCCCCUUCCACAGAGCGUUCCUACUUCCACCUGUGCCCCCCUCCUCCCUCGCCCUGCACCGACUCCUCGUGACCCUCCAACAGCCAGAGAGCCCUGUGAGGAAGGAAUGGACAAAGUGUGCUUGCCUCACCCAGAACUGGCCUGGUCUGGCCCACUUUACUAGGGAAAGAACUCAUGUGCCAACUUCCAGCCCUGACCGGCUCACACAUGCUGCUUUAUAUCAGCUGGUUAGACUCAAGUGCCUUGUUCAAGGUCCCACUUUGGUCAUUUCAUCAUUCCAGUCACCCUGGAGCUUUCAGGGCGGCCAUCACCUGAUCAGUCGUAUUUCUGUCGUCCACCUAUCCUGCUCCAACAUUCACUCACUGCGGCAGGUUGAAGGUUUCAUGCCCUUCCUGUCUCUGUGCAGGACACAAGGAGGAGAUGAUGAGUGAGUACAGCCAGCAGCUCCCUCUUUACUUUUCAUUCCUCUGCUGGGCCACUUCCGUCUGUCCAAGUAUGAGCCUAAACACACUGACUGAGAGUCACCAGUGUGCACUGGUGUGAGUCCAGUGCCUCAAGUUAUUCAUUAAAACUGAAGCCAAGGCAUGGAAGGCAUGCCGCCUCCCCCCACUCUUAGCUUCCUGCCAUUUGUCUCCUCCUUCCUCACAGCGUCCUUGUUGGCAGACCAGUGGCAGGACUGUAUAUAGUGUUAAAAUAAUAUGAACAAAAAUAGAUCAGAGAGCAAUUAUUUUACUAUUUUAUUCACGCUGGCUGAUCCACCGCUCCACAGAAGACAGAGGACAGGUAGACGAGUGGAUGUGUGCGUGAUGGAUGGAUGACUGGACAGCUGUGUACAUGUGAAUGUUCCACAUUAGUGUAGGAGGUUAGAUAAACUCAUAGAUGAUUACUGGAUGAAUGUGUAGAGUGAUGAAUGGAUGAGUGGAUGGAUGGAACAGGGCCAAGAGAACGUGUGAAAUCUUUUGUACAUUAUUUUGAAAUUGUGUCCCUCACAUUUCAGAUCGGGAAUUCUUUGUAGUUGAACCUGGGGCCUUUUUAAACGGUAGAAACGUGACAACAACAUACCAAAUGAAUAUCAUGAUGUAAAGCUAUUGUACAUAUGUGUAAUGAAGUCAGUGACUGAGUGGAUGCUUUUCAUUGUGAACCUGAACUUUUUCUUUACUCUAAUCGUCCCGUUUACCAAAAGUGUGUUUGCUGCUAUUGUGUACAUACUAUAUCAGUAACUAUGACAUAUAAUUUCACAGAAAGCCCAAAAUUACCACUCUCAUACUGACAGUAGAUCAUGAAGCUAUUUUACAGUUAAUAACAAAUUAUUCUUAUAGCGACUUCUGUUAUUUGUAUUUGUGUUUGUGUGUAGAUCAUUAUGUUUGUUUCUAUGUCGGUCAACAUGUUUGGUUUGAAGGAGUCUUUGGAAAAAGAAAAGUGAGAGGUAAACAGAGCUGAGACAGAAAUCCACUGAAAACAGAAAAACAUCCUGCAGAAACCGUUCCACUGCAAAACCGAGUCAGAGGUCUGAUUCACCAGGAACACUUUUCUCCUGACCUGUGAUCAACUGCUGGACAGAUUUCUAUUAUAUUUUCUGGAUAGUCCCGGUCCACAGAGGUUGAACCCUAAUGAUUUUUCUGAUCCACUCGCCUUUGCUCUUCAGAGACUCAUGUCUCAUAAUCAAUUUGAUGACCAAGAGGCAACAUCAUGCUCCUGAGGAGAUGAACAUGUUUGAUUUUAAAGAGUCACUGAACGCCUUGUUUUAGUUUGGACAAGUACUUUUAUGUUAGUUAAUCUUCACAGUUUCACCUCUUGGGACAAACUUUACAUUUUUAGGCUUUAAGCAGAUCAGAAUCACCAGCAUGUUGCUCCUUCUGUCCAAACCUUCUACUGGACACUCGCCUCUGGGGGUGCUGUUGACGCUUUAGGUCUUUAUACCAGUACAUGUAGUGGUGCAGUUAUUUUCCCACCUCCAAGGCCUGCACAGAUCAAAGCCUCUCAAUGAUUCUCAUCAUGUACUGUCAUGGUCAGGACAGAGGUUUGGACAUCCAGUCCAGCACUUAGUGAUCCUCAACACAGGACCUAGCAACUAAAAGUGUGAAGACAUUUUAUGCACUUACAGAAAGAAAAGAACAUAAUAUUAAUAUUUCCUAGGAAAUAAUUGAGUGUUUUUCAAGCAGAAGGAGAAUGUUUUGGCUUCUCUGGGCUGUUUAUACCGGAUAAAUCAACCUAAGGUCAUUCUCACAGAAGUUGGAAAAGAGUUUUAGGAUCAGAGAGAGUUCUUGAACAGACUGUAUCAUGUUCUUGCACAGGGUUUGGACAAAGGAGAACACAGCAAGCUUCCUUUAAGCUGGCCCUUCUGCCAUGUUUUUAUUAGAAAUAGUGUGUGUGCUCACAGGAACAUCUACUAUCAUUUUAACAGCACAGUGCCAGCAGACACCUGUGAGCGGAGUGUGUAGUUUCCUGAUAGAAAAAGAUACCAGCACUUUUGGAGGUGGGAAACUCGCUGUCGUCUGAUGAAUCCAUCUCCUGUCAGGUGACAUUACAGCUGAUGUGUGGUGACUGGCUGCAGAUGGAUUUCCAGAUAACAGAGCUGACGUUGCAUCUGUGUGUGUCAGCUCAUUUUUUUGAAGGGCUGUAGGCCCCGCCCCUAAACCACUGUGUCAGUAAAACUCCUUAAAACCCUGUACUUGUUGUCUCAGCUAAAAAUGCUUUGUGUAAUUUACACUUGUGACAAAUUUUGUAUCAAAAGCAUUUUUAUAUAAUAAAGGUUCUAUUUUAA